GCCGCCCACACUUCUCUGAAGUGCCUGCGGAAUAAGACCGGGAAAAGAAAGAGGAUGGCGAGGCAAAGGGGAGAAGCUUGGGACAUGAGGCCCAAAGGCAGCAGCCGAGGUUCCGAGAUCUGGCGGAGUUCAUGAAGGGGAUAGAGGCCUAACCCGUUACAGAAAGAAAAGCUGAAGUAAAGUGCAGGCUCAGGUGGAAGAGAUGCAGCCGCGAGUGGAGGCUGGGGCCCCACUAGGGGAGCAGCCCCAGGGUUAGGAGUCACAAGAUUUUUCUUUUCUCGGCUUAGUCAUUGGGGACCUAUGACCAUCUUAAUAUAGAGAUCCUUAACGGCAAAGGAGUGAAGGCGGACUGGUAAUAAGAACAUCACAGACAGGGAUCCCCAGGUGUUUCCUUUGGUCUCUCAGUGUUUAAUUUGAUGAAUGCCAUCAUGGGAAGUGGCAUCCUUGGCUUAGCUUAUGUUAUGGCUCAUACUGGUAUCCUUGGAUUUAGUUUCUUGCUGCUGAUAGUUGCUCUCCUGGCUUCUUACUCAGUUCACCUCCUGCUUAGUAUGUGUAUACAGACAGCUGUGACAUCUUAUGAAGAUCUUGGACUCUUUGCAUUUGGAUUGCCUGGAAAGGUGGUGGUGGCAGGCACCAUAAUAAUUCAGAAUAUUGGAGCUAUGUCAUCUUAUCUUUUAAUUAUUAAAACAGAGCUUCCUGCAACUAUUUUAGAAUUUUUGUCUGGAGACUAUAGUGGGUCUUGGUAUCUUGAUGGACAAACACUACUAAUAAUCAUUUGUGUUGGCAUCGUGUUCCCUCUUGCACUUCUUCCUAAAAUAGGCUUUCUUGGCUACACAAGUAGUUUAUCAUUUUUCUUUAUGGUGUUCUUUGCUCUUGUGAUAGUAAUUAAAAAAUGGUCCAUCCCCUGUCCUCUGACAUUAAAUUAUGUGGAGCAACACUUCCAGAUUUCAAAUGCUACAGAUGAUUGUAAACCAAAGCUCUUUCAUUUCUCCAAAGAGAGUGCUUAUGCCAUACCAACCAUGGCUUUUUCAUUUCUCUGCCAUACCUCAAUAUUGCCUAUUUACUGUGAACUUCAAAGCCCUUCUAAGAAAAGAAUGCAGAAUGUAACCAAUACAGCCAUUGCUUUAAGUUUUCUCAUUUAUUUUGUAUCUGCACUCUUUGGGUACCUCACUUUUUAUGACAAAGUGGCGUCAGAAUUACUACAGGGUUAUAGUAAAUACUUGCCACAUGAUGUUGCUGUCACGACUGUGAAGUUAUGCAUACUGUUUGCUGUGCUUUUGACGGUGCCUCUAAUCCACUUCCCUGCAAGGAAAGCUUUAAUGAUGAUGCUUUUCUCCAAUCUCCCAUUCUCGUGGACUCGCCAUUCUUUGAUCACUAUAGCACUCAAUAUUAUCAUUGUUUUAUUUGCACUCUAUGUUCCUGACAUCAGGAAUGUAUUUGGUAUAGUUGGUUCCAGUACAUCCACGUGUUUGAUUUUUGUAUUCCCAGGGCUGUUUUAUCUUAAAUUGAGCAGAGAGGAUUUUCUCUCAUGGAAAAAGUUGGGGGACCUGCCUUCCAUGCCCACCCUGCCGCACCCAACUUCACAGGACAGCACAGUGCACUUGGUGAAUGUUGGCAGUUUAAGAGCUUGCCUUAGACGAGGAAGGAUUUCUUUCAAGCUGAAGUCCUAUGGACUCUGUGGACUGUGGGUUUUCACCUCUCUUUGGCUCCAGCUUCUUGUCACCAGCAUGUGUAGAGCUUCUAGAACAGUUCCUACCAAGAGAGAAUCACUUCCUGUGCCUCUUUUCCUGUCUCCACUGUGAACAGUACACAUUAAACACACACACACACCCCUCGUAUUUUUACUUAAUUUUUUCAUAGCUCAUGUUACCCUUCAUCUGUUCUCUCAUACCUAUGACUAACAAUGGCAGGGACACCCCACCCACGUACACACCUCAUUCCAUCCCUCCACAUUGUAUCUAGUGUUCUCUAGAGCUUGUUUGUCAUAUAACCUGCUAUGGGGAGAGGCCCAGCUGAGGGAGUUUCUGAUGCCAGCUGGACAAAGGUAUACUUUUAUCUCCAGAUGCCAGCCUGGUAAAAGUCAUAGCCCUGAAGGAUUCAGAACUAGCUCUCUUCCUUGGAAAUUGCGCCCCCUCCCCCCCAAAAAUACGUCUUAGACCACUUGUCCCUGCACACACUGCCUUUCACUGUCACCAACUGCCGCUUCAGACUGAGCUACAGAGUCCUACCUCGUGGAUGCAAAUCCAAAAAGCUCAGAAUCCAGGCUGGGAAGCAAGUCAGGGUGGUUUGAUUUGCAUGGAGGAGCUCUUGUCGCUGAGUGGAGCCAGCCAAAUUCCCUGGGCUCCCCAGCCCUCCGGAAAUAAGCCUUACAGGACCUGGGGCCCUGGGCCCAACAGGGUGGGCGUGAUUUGAAUGUUCACUACCACUGCUGCUGCGCCCGGCCCUGGUCACUGCCAUCCGUUUCGCUCCAUUUUACUGCCUCAGAAUCCCCCAGUGCAUGUUAGUGGUUAACACAGCAGCCAGGAGACGCCAGACAGCUCUCGGCACCUGGUUCAAAUUUAAGGCUCAUUUACACAUGAUGUCACACACGCAUUGUCAGCGCGAGGGAGGUCAGGAUGGUUCAUUUUGGGAAGGUUCGCAUUGUUGAGUCUUUACAACACUCACUGCUAUUAAUGCCUUAACCAUCUGACUUGGAUUUCGGUUUUCUGGCAUGAGGUAAUCCCAGGCACUAGAUUUAUAUGCUGAAUGGGAAGCUAGCGGUGGUGGCUAAUCACGCUGGUUUGCAGAUCUGCACCUCUGGAGCCUUGGGAUGGAAUUAGAGGGCCACAUGGCAAGUAGCAAAUCAUGGAGGUUUUGAGCAGAAGGGGAAUGAGCCAGACCUGCAGGCGGGGGGCCGGGGAGGGGGCUGUUGCCUGAGGUGGGAGGCUUGAAUGAAGAAGAGAAACUAAAGUAAAUUGGACAAGGUCUGAGCCCAGAGGCCAUAGGAACGGCUCUCUUUGGGCCAGUAUUUUGGAUUGUUACAUUACCCAUCCUUCUAUUCACCAUCCACAGAAGUUCCAACCCCCUCUCCCCUCCCCAGGCUCAGUUCAAGUCUCUCCUGUCCCAUGGCCCUUCCCUGGCCACCUAGCCCACAGUGAUUUUCCUCCUAAGUGCCCAAGUACUUUUGUCAGUUAAAUAAAACAGCUAACAAUUACUGAGCACUUCAUUUGUGCUGCUUGCUCGUGGUACCUUCACAUCAAUCUGAGUGGAAGAUACUAUUAUUUCCAUCGUACAGAUGAUGAAAUAGCGUAAGACAGAUUAAACAUUGUGUCCAGCGUUGGAGCUGGUAAGAGUCAGGAUGGAAGACUUAUUCAGAUGCCAGGGUUCCGAACCAUCGGAGUAGGCUGCAUUCUGCGUGGUAGUGCUGUGUUGCCCGUGGUACUUAGCGCGAUGCAGUAACGUGGGAGAGACCGUCUGAGCCUCUGGGAAAUGCCGUGGAGUGCACAGUGGUUACUGCCUACGGCCUCACAUGUGCAUGUGUUGUCUCUUGCCUGCCUGAAAGUAAUUGCAGGGCAGGGACUAUUGCUUCUGCUUUUCUGUACGCAUGAACCUCCUAGCCCAGUGCUCCUUGGGGUGCGCUCAGAUGGGUGGAUGGAUACCAGCCCUCCUCCACCCUCACCUAAGAUACUUUCCAACCUAAAACACAUUCAAAGUUUGGGAUCUUUGGAUAGUCACCCCUACCACUUGUUAUGGUCCUAUGACACAUGGAUAAAAGAAUAAAAUUGGU